CACCCAUACUUGCGCAGAAGUAGGCGCGAAGUACUUUCCUAAUAUAAUGCCAAAAAUCAAACAUUUUCUGAAAGUUAGGGGCAGUUAGGAGGUAUGCUGCUCACACCUCAAAGUUAUGUAGAAUUUCCAAGAGCAGCACUAAUAGAAGUUCCCAGAACUAAAUUCAGGAGGUAGUACGUUGUAUGUACGCUCAAGUGCACGGUUUAUCACUGUAAGCUGUCUUCAUUGCCUGUCACAAAAUCGGGGGUACGACCUCACCAUAGCCCUUGCCAUCCACCCAUUCAGCUACCAAUCACGAUCUUGACAAUGAUAACAUCGCAAUUCAAUUCGCUGGAGAGAUCGGAAAAAAGAUGACAUGGAUAAACAGCGGUGGUACUAACGGAGGAAUGUAUGGUAAUUAAUGGGCGGAGCAAAAGGAAAAACAAAAAAACAUGGCAGGAGCUGCACGUUAGGGUGGGAUGAGUAUGUUUCGUUAAAACGAAGGUACGAAAGGGACAUAGAGCAAGUGUAUCUUGAAUAAAGUAUAAUAUGGCUACGCGGUCGAGCGGGGGAAAUAACAGUAACGGUGGUGGAGGAACGUCAUCUUCUGGGCCUCAGCAGCAACAAGCUACGUUUGAGUGUAACAUUUGUCUGGAUACUGCACGGGAUGCUGUCAUCAGUCUAUGUGGGCACUUGUUUUGCUGGCCGUGCCUGCAUCAGUGGUUAGAAGUUCAACCAGACCGUCAAGAGUGCCCUGUGUGUAAAGCAGGUAUUAGCAGGGAAAAGGUGAUUCCAGUUUAUGGAAGGGGGAGCACCAGUCAGCAGGACCCCAGGUUAAAAACUCCUCCUAGACCUCAGGGACAGAGAACAGAACCAGAGAGCAGAGGGGCUUCUCAGGGCUUUGGAGAUGCUGGUUUCCACAUGUCCUUUGGGAUUGGAGCGUUUCCCUUUGGGAUCUUCACUACAGUAUUUAAUAGUAAUGACAAUUAUGGCAGAGCAGAUUAUGAUGGUGGUCAUCAGGGAAACGGGAACAGUAGCUGGCAAGAUUCACUCUUCCUCUUCAUCGCAAUAUUUUUCUUCUUUUGGUUGCUCAGUGUGUGAUUAAGCCUGGGAAGCUGACUGGAAAAUGAGGAAGUGAAUGACACGAGAAAACAAUUGACAAAUGUCAUCCUUCCCUUGGACAUCUCCGACACCGUCAGGCUGUAACUUGCAAGGAGCUGGUGUCGCUGUUUGGAAAGCAAUCUAACUACCCAAGAGUGAAGAAUAAAAACACUUACCGAAUGAAGAUGUCAGAACAGUAUUAAGCCAGAAAUGAGAGAGGCUGUGCUUUUUAUUCUUGUAUGCUCGAAUCACUGAAGGAUCAUCUUCCCUUUGGUAAUAAGAACAAGGGUGACACUACAAAUGUUAUCCUUUUACCUUUAUGCUCUCUGGAAUGCCUUGGGCAUUUUUUUCAUCCAUUUUAGUCUACCUUAACGAUCACAUUUGUUCUUCAAGGGGGGGGGGGUAUUGCUGUACACUUGUAAAGUACCCACACCCCUUUGAAAAUUCUCCUUCAGUGUUUCAAGCUAUAUGUGUGCAAAUAUUUAUUUCCUUCUGUGCACAUGGUACUUAGCGCUGUGUAAAUGGAUACUGUACAGUGGUGUCAUCUUACAGAAUGGAGAAAAUGCUCUUUGAUAUUUUUUUUUCCAAACAUCAGGUUAAGGGUUUGCUGAAAAGUCACUACAUGUAAAGUCUUUUAAAUCUUUUUAUGCAUAUUCCUAGAACUGCACAUGCCUCAUCUCUUUUGAGUACUGAACAUCUGAGGUGAAGGGCUUUCUUGAGAGUAAAACAGUGAUUUGUUAUCUCUCUAGCUAGUCAGUGGCGAUUACCCAGUACUGAACUUAUAAAUUCAACGGCAAGAUUUUCUUUUUUUUACUUGUUUCCUGUGUGUGUGUGUCUGUGCGUGCACGCACUAUUGUUUUUGUUAGGGCACGAAAGAUUUUGUACUAAAGACAGCAAAGCUGUGAAUUCAGACAUAACUUUGUACUUUUUCAUCUCUGUGAAAACAGAACAGCUUUAGAUACAUUAUAUGUUUAUAACUUGUAUCUGCUUGCAGUAUGUCUGUAGACACAGUGCUUGAGUUUGGGAUUGUUCAUCUGAACAUGUUGUGGUUGCAGUGGAAAACAGUUCAUUUAUGUGUAAAGGAGUGGCAGUGUGUGAGGUGUACAUUUUUUAAUUAAAUGGAUACUGGCCUAA